UGUUAAAGAGCAACACAAUCUCAAGUGUGAAUCCUAAGUUACCAAUCACCACAUCACUUCCAGUUCCAGAAGAUGAACGUGUGGCUCAAACUCUCCCCACCUUCCACCACCACUGCAACACUCUCAAGACCACCACCUCAUCUUCCCACCAUUCCCACCACCAUUCCCAGAGACAGAGUCCCCUGCUCCACUUGGGUUUCCAACACACUCCUCGCCGGUGCUCUCUCCUUCAGCCUCGUCUUCUCCUCGCCUCCUGCAAUUGCUCUUGAACCUCUUUCCCUUCCAGCUCCUCUCUCUCCUUCCUCUGAAGCAUGCCGUGAUGUUGUUCAGCCUCGAGAAGACACGGUUCAAACGGUGGUCACCAAUGAAGGGCUUGUUGAGGAAGCUUGGCAGAUUGUCAAUGAUAGCUUCCUUGACACCGGUCGUCACCGCUGGUCUCAGGAUACCUGGCAGCUGAAGAGGGAAGACAUUUUGGGCAAUUCCAUUCCGACAAGAUCAAAGGCACACCAGAUAAUCAAGCGAAUGCUGGCCAGUUUGGGUGAUCCUUAUACACGGUUUCUUUCCCCUGAGGAGUUCUCCAAGAUGGCGAGGUAUGACAUGACUGGUAUUGGAAUAAACCUUAGGGAACUUCCUGAUGAAAAUGGAGACCUCAGGAUGAAGGUAUUGGGAAUAAUAUUAGAUGGUCCUGCUCAUUCUGCUGGCGUGAGACAGGGGGAUGAAAUAUUGGCUGUCAAUAACAUGGAAGUCAAGGGAAAAUCAGCAUUUGAAGUAUCAACCCUGUUGCAAGGCCCUAAUGGAACAUCUGUGACUAUUCAGGUCAAACAUGGCAACUGUGGACCUGUUGAAUUAAUAGAAGUCCAGAGGCAACUUGUUGCUCGUACACCAGUCUCUUAUCGCCUGGAACAAACUGAGGGUGGUGCUACUCCUGUUGGGUACUUACGCCUCAAAGAGUUCAAUGCAUUGGCCAGAAAAGAUUUAGUCAUCGCAAUGAAGCGACUUCAAGACAUGGGUGCCUCAUAUUUUGUAUUGGAUCUUAGAGACAAUCUCGGUGGGCUGGUGCAGGCUGGAAUUGAAAUUUCAAAGCUUUUCCUAAAAGAAGGAGACACGGUCAUCUCCACUGUUGGGAGAGACCCUCAAUUCCAGGAUGCUAUUGUUGCAGAUACUUCACCAUUGAUUCAAGCCCCUGUUAUUGUUUUAGUAAAUGACAAAACUGCAAGUGCAAGUGAAAUAGUUGCUUCAGCACUUCAUGAUAACUGUAAGGCUGUUCUUGUUGGAAAACGCACAUAUGGCAAGGGUCUAAUCCAAUCUGUAUUUGAGCUUCAAGAUGGAUCUGGUGUGGUUAUCACUGUUGGGAAGUAUGUAACACCAAACCACAAUGACAUAAACGGCAAUGGAAUAGAGCCUGACUUCCAGAAACUUCCAGCCUGGGAUGAUGUCACCCAACGUCUUUCAAAAUGCAGCAUGCUUCAGAAAGGAUAGAACAGUUUCUAUGACAUUCCAAUGCAAUCUUUUGCUAGCUACCAUGCAUAUCUCAAGAACUUCAGGUUAAAACUACAUAUAUACAUGCUAGCUACCAUGUAUAUCUCAACAUUGGUAGGCACACACAAGGGAUUGGCUUGGAACAUUUGUAACUGUUCCAUCCAAUCAAGAUGAACUGAAUAUAUUGGAUAUAUGAGUGAGAAGAAAUGAGCUCAAGAAGUAUGCAAGAGUUUGUAUCCAAGAAGCCAGUUGCAGAACUGAAGCAACUUUGGUUUUCAUACUAACUAACAUGAUUUAACUAAUGUAAGACUUUAAAGUGAGUUUGUCUUUAAAGUGAUAAUGUAAUACCGUAUCUACCUUUGAUUUAAUUUGAAGUAUAUCAUAAUCUUAACCUGUAAAAA